AUGGCGUAUUGCUUAGACGGAUUGAAACAACUUUGGAUUUCUGUGGCAACUUGGUGCAAUACCGAAUUGUCAAGCUCGAAGCAGAAGCAGCUGCCUACUGGUUUAAAAAAUCCACAAGCAAUUGCAAGAGGAACAGCUUUCAGCAUAAGCGAGGUUGAAGCGUUGUACGAACUAUUCAAGAAGAUUAGCAGCACAGUUACCGAUGAUGGAGUGAUCACUAAGGAAGAAUUUAAGCUGGCCUUAUUCAAGUCAAGCAACAAGCAUAGUUUAUUUGCAGAUAGGGUUUUUGACUCGUUCGACAGAGAAUCCCAUGGAGUACUCGAUUUCAAAGAGUUUGCGUUUGCUCUUUCUGUUUUCCAUCCCAUUGCACCAUUGGAUGAUAAGAUUGACUUUUUAUUCAAAUUGUAUGAUCUCAAACAGCAAGGAUAUAUUGAGAGACCAGAGUUGAAACAAAUGGUGGUAGCAACUCUAACUGAAACUGGUAUGAAAUUAUCAGAGGAGAUGAUUGAUAGCAUCAUUGACAAGACAUUUGAAGAAGUUGAUACUAAUCAUGAUGGGAAGAUUGACAAAGAAGAAUGGCACAACCUUGUGAUGCACCAUCCAUCCCUUCUGAAAAAUAUGACUUUGCACUAUCUCAAGGAAAUCACAACACAAUUUCCAAGUUUCAUAUUUCAUACUCAAGUUGAUGAUCAUUGA